CCAGGAUAUUGUUUUACAGUGUAUAUUAGAUGUUGAUCUUCGUUCCCAGACACCCUUAUUAGUUGUGUGUGACUAGUUGUGGAGAGAUUCCCCAUUUGAUGGUUGGGCCAAAUACGAUGUUGAUGGUCGUUAUCCUUGUUUUCUGUGUACAAUCUGUGAAUGGUGAAGAUGCCUGUUCGACGGGAUUGUGUCGGUGUACAAAGUUUACAGCACACUGUGAAAAUAAAAAUCUUACCUACAUUCCAAAGUUUCCUAGGAAUAUCACAACAAUCAACUUAAUGAAUAAUUCUUUUCGUGAUAUCGGACCAACUACAUUUUUAAAUAUCAGCAACGUGAGCAUAAUAAAGAUUAUAUUAAGCCAUAACGAGAUUCACACUAUUUGCGAAAAUGUGUUUCAAAAUCUAUCUCGUGUUCAUUCAUUGGACUUAUCUGAUAAUCUACUGACUUCAGAUUCCUUACGGAACCUAUUCUCUGGUGUCCAGAAAAAUAGCCGACUCUCAAAAAUAUCAUUGAAGAAGAAUCGUUUACAAGCUAUUCCAUCUGACGUUUUUGAUGACUUUAAGUCCCAGAACGUAAUAAAAAUGGACUUAUCUUACAACAAAAUCAAAGACUUUAAUAUUUCAACUUUUCGAUCAAUUGAACGUUUAGGAGAAUUAAAUCUAGGGUAUAACAAUAUAUCAAGAAUCGGAACAGCUGUUAUUACACAUCUAGAAUACAUCUUUAUUAAUAAUAACAAUUUUGAUAGCCUACCAGACUUUUGUGAUUCCCAAACCUCCUUUCCAAAUUUAAAGGAAAUACAUAUACACGGCAACUAUAUUAAUAAUUUUAAUCCAGAAUACUUAAACUGUUUGAACAAUUUGAAAUACCUGGAUUUGAGUCAGAACGCCAUUGUCUCCCUGAAAACGGAUUAUUUUCAUUCUUUGAAGUCUCUAACCUGCCUAAUUAUCGAAGCCCAAGGGAAUCCAGAUCCGUUUAUUAUACAAGAACGUGCAUUCAAUAACAGCAAUAUAGUUACCCUGAGGUUGUCAAGAAACAGAUUAUCUCUUAAACACCUGGACGAACAUGCUUUCGAUGGAUGUGAUAAUUUAAGAAAAUUAAACUUGUCUAAAAAUUAUUUCUUUAAAAAUGAGGAAAAAUUAAAUGUCGCGCUUGCCCCUCUGAAAUCUCUUAAAAGAUUAUAUCUAAAUAAAUGUGGAUUACAAAGUAUACCCAAUGUUGUAGCUAAACAUCUUCAUGGUCUAACUCUUUUGAAUAUUAAUGCGAAUGAAAUAAAAUCAUGGCCAGAUAAUUUUUUUGAGAAGAAUAUUAAUUUGCAAGACAUAGACGUCGCGCACAAUAAAAUUCAGGAAAUAAUAACUGAUUUUGUGAUCCCUUGUCGACUACAGCUCAAUCUUUUGAAAAAAAGAUCUUAA